AUGGAGCAACCUCAUAGUGAGAAGAUGGAGUCGCUUCACGAGAAGCCUGGGGUUCUAGGCCAUACAGACGACUCAGAUAUCGAUGUCUACAUUGAUCCAGCAAAAGAAGUCAAACUACUCGCAAAACUCGAUCUUGCCUUCACUCCAGUGAUAAUGUUGGUAUAUUUGUCUUGUUUCUUAGAUCGUUCCAACAUAGGCAACGUGAAAGUGGCUGGUAUGUUGACAGACAUACGUGCUACAGAUCAGCAGUUUUCUACCGCUGUAUCAAUCUUUUACGCAACUUAUGUGACCUUUGAGACACCAGCAGCGGUAUUGAUGAAGAAAAUCACUCCUCGCGUGAUUUUAUCUACACUUUGCGCUGUAUGGUCCCUCACUACCAUUUUUACCGGAUUUGUUCAAAAUAUUGGAGGUCUCUAUGCUACAAGAUUGAUUCUUGGAUGUUGUGAAGCAGGUCUAUUUCCCUGUCUCAAUUUGUAUUUGACGAUGGUGUAUCGUCGAGAAGAGCAGGCUAAGCGAGUUGGAUAUUUAUUCAGCUGCGCUGCUUUGUCCGGCGCAUUUGGAGGUCUUUUAGCUUAUGGAAUUCUCCAGAUGGAUGGCGUAUCAGGAGUUGCGGGCUGGAGAUGGGUAUAUAUCAUCGAGGGACUGUUCAGUGUCGUAGUCGCUGUAGUCGUUUGGUUUGGUCUUCCGACAGACCCUGGCAAUGCAUGGUUUCUAAACGCAGAAGAAAGAGAGAUGAUGAGACUGAGGGCUAUACAGAGGCAGAAGUAUAUGGGCUCCGAAAAGUUCUCAUGGGAAGAAUUUCGAAUCGAGCUCAAAGACCCCAAGCUUUAUAUCAGUGCUGCCAUACAAUUCAUGCAAGACUGCUUGCUGUAUGGGUUUAGCACAUUCUUACCCUCCAUUUUAAAAGCAAUGAACUACGACACACUUCAAGCAAACUAUCUUACUAUACCAGUGUAUAUGUGGGGUGCGAUUAGCUUUUUGUUUUUGGCUUGGGUAUCAGACAAGAUUAGUAUGCGUGGACCUAUUUUAUUUUUUGCCAACAUCUUCGGAAUAGUUGGGUAUAUUUUAUUGCUUACAGUGAAGGCUGAAGGGGUAAAAUUCUUCGCAACCUUCCUCUGUGCUAUCGCGGUCUAUACAGGUCCUGGACUCAACAUAACCUGGCUAAACGUCAACGUAGCACCACAUUACAGGCGCGCAACAGCAAUCGGUGUUCAGCAAUCUAUUGCCAACACGGCCGGAAUAGUAGCAGGCCAGAUAUAUCGAACCUCUCCUUAUGUUCUUGGGAAUAGUUUCUCCUUGGGAACUUUAUGUCUUGCUCAAGUAUUGAUUGUAGUAAAGAUUUGGUAUGUGAAAAGUCAGAAUAGAAUGAAGGAGAAGAUUGGAAAGGGAGAGAUUGAGGAUAGUAGGAAAGUAAAGACUGGGGAUGGAGAGUUGGAUUUUGAGUACCAUAUUUAG